AUGCUGCGCCGCGUCCUCUGCUCGACGGCUCUCCGCGCGUCCGCCCGCUUGGCCCCGCGCUGCGUGCGGCCGACGUGCGUCCCGACCAUGCUCCACCGCGCGUGCAGCUCCAUGACGCCGCCCAGCGACGGGCCCAAGAUGAGCAGCAUCUUGAGCGCGCCGGGCAUGGAGUCGGAAGGCGACAAGUUUGUCAUGCUCUACACGUGCACGGUGUGCGAUACGCGCGCGGCCAAGACCAUCAGCAAGCAAGCGUACUACAACGGCGUCGUGCUCGUGCGCUGCCCCAAGUGCGAGAACCUCCACUUGAUCGCGGAUCGCUUGGGGUGGUUCGAAGACGACUCGUACGACGUCGAGGGCGUUCUGAAGGCAAAGGGCAGCCAAGCCAAGAUCGUGACGGGCGACGACAUCCUCGAGCUCACCGAGGCCGACAUCCUCGGGUCGGGCGCCAAGAUCCUCGUCGACGAUGAUGAACCGCCCAGUACGCCAUCGUCGUAG